GGGGGAAAUAAGUGGAUAGUAAAAUGGGUGUACUUGUGUGUGCUUUAUAGUGGUCCAAACAUCCACUACUAGCGGUGGAACAUGUUGAGAUAAGUCUGGGAAGGAAGAAUAGCACCUUCUAAUGCUAAUCUCUAAAGGCAUUUUUGCCCCACACCAAACCUCAAUCACUGGUUCAAUCCUUGACAUUAUGCAAUAGUGUCAAAUUUAAGCUAUCCCUUCUUACCUUUUACUCUUUUGGCAUAUUUCAAUUUCAAGGCAACGUUAAAUGUUUCUGGAAAGUGUUCUGUUUCUGUCUCUGUCUCAGUUUCUCACACCCACGCCACCACCAUCUGCUAGUGCUCACUCUCUCUAGUCUCUUGCAUAUCUGGACCACUACCAAUUUCCUCUUUCAACUUCCUUAUUUUUCCUUUACAAACUUCCAACGCAAUACCUAUGGCAGUGCCAAUUCCAGUUUGUUCUCAGCUCCGUGUCCAUGCAUUUCCCUACUAAAAAAAAAAACAAAACAAAACUCUCGUUCUAUCAAAUUCUCACUAGGCACAAACAAGGCUCUGUUUACCUCUUAUUUUUGGAGUAAAGACGCUACAGAGAUCCAUCAUAGUUGCUAUUCGUCCACUCAAAAUCAGGAUGGUCCCUGCAAUAAUGGUUUAUUGAUCACCCAAGUUCGAAUAUCAUCCACCUUGCUGGCAUUCCAAUGAUUCUAUUUCUCUUCUGAACUGACUGACAACUUUGUCCCUGAAUCUUAUCCUAAUGGCCAAGAGUCCCCGUCUCUUUCACUUUUUCCAGUUCUUGGCAAUGCUGUUACUCACUUCCUACUCUAUUUUUCCACCUUGUGUGUCUCUGACGUUGGAAACCCAAGCUCUUCUUCAGUUCAAGAAUCAUUUGAAGGAUUCCUCGAAUUCAUUGGCUUCAUGGAAUGAAUCAGACUCUCCAUGCAAGUUUUAUGGAAUUACAUGUGAUCCGGUUUCUGGAAGAGUAACAGAAAUCUCACUGGACAAUAAGUCCCUCUCUGGUGACAUUUUCCCAUCCCUCUCGAUUCUGCAGAGCCUGCAAGUUCUGUCACUCCCAUCCAAUUUAAUUUCUGGAAAGCUUCCAUCAGAAAUAAGCAGGUGUACCAGCCUGAGAGUGUUGAAUCUAACAGGAAAUCAAUUGGUUGGAGCAAUCCCAGACUUGUCUGGGCUGAGAAGCCUGCAGGUUCUUGACCUUUCAGCAAACUACUUUUCUGGCAGCAUCCCCAGCUCGGUGGGGAAUCUAACUGGACUGGUUUCACUGGGUCUUGGGGAAAAUGAAUACAAUGAGGGUGAGAUUCCAGGGACUCUUGGAAAUCUCAAGAACUUGGCCUGGCUCUAUCUUGGUGGCUCCCACUUGAUAGGAGACAUUCCAGAAUCACUAUAUGAAAUGAAGGCAUUGGAGACACUGGAUAUUUCGAGAAACAAGAUCUCUGGCAGACUCUCCAGAUCAAUUUCCAAGUUAGAGAAUCUUUACAAGAUUGAGCUCUUCUCCAAUAAUUUGACAGGAGAGAUACCAGCCGAGCUAGCAAACCUCACCAAUCUGCAGGAGAUUGACCUUUCUGCCAACAAUAUGUAUGGUAGGUUGCCAGAGGAAAUUGGUAACAUGAAGAACUUGGUUGUUUUUCAACUAUAUGAAAACAACUUUUCUGGAGAACUUCCUGCUGGAUUUGCAGAUAUGCGUCAUCUCAUUGGAUUCUCAAUUUAUAGAAACAGCUUCACUGGGACGAUUCCAGGAAAUUUUGGCAGGUUUUCACCACUUGAAAGUAUUGACAUAUCUGAGAAUCAAUUUUCAGGUGAUUUCCCAAAGUUCUUGUGUGAAAACAGGAAGUUGAGGUUUUUGCUUGCAUUGCAAAACAAUUUCUCUGGGACUUUUCCGGAGUCUUAUGUUACAUGUAAAUCUCUGAAGAGGUUUAGGAUUAGUAUGAACCGAUUAUCUGGGAAAAUUCCAGACGAGGUUUGGGCAAUUCCAUAUGUAGAAAUAAUUGAUUUGGCCUAUAAUGAUUUCACUGGUGAGGUACCUUCAGAAAUCGGGUUGUCUACUAGCUUAAGUCAUAUAGUUUUGACAAAGAACAGGUUUUCAGGUAAGCUCCCAUCAGAGCUUGGCAAGCUGGUGAACUUGGAGAAGCUUUACUUGAGCAACAAUAAUUUCUCUGGUGAAAUACCACCUGAAAUUGGAUCUCUGAAGCAGUUAUCUUCUUUGCAUCUAGAAGAGAAUUCUUUAACUGGAUCAAUACCUGCAGAACUGGGUCAUUGUGCAAUGCUGGUGGACUUGAAUCUUGCUUGGAAUUCUCUAUCUGGAAAUAUCCCCCAGUCAGUUUCACUUAUGAGCUCAUUGAACUCUCUUAACAUAUCUGGGAACAAACUUUCAGGUUCUAUUCCAGAAAAUUUAGAAGCAAUAAAGUUAAGCUCAGUGGAUUUUUCUGAAAACCAGCUUUCUGGAAGAAUCCCAUCUGGUCUUUUUAUUGUUGGAGGAGAGAAAGCUUUUCUUGGAAACAAGGGGCUGUGUGUUGAGGGAAACCUAAAACCUUCCAUGAAUUCUGAUUUGAAGAUUUGUGCCAAAAAUCAUGGUCAGCCAAGUGUCUCUGCUGAUAAAUUUGUCUUGUUCUUUUUCAUUGCUUCUAUUUUUGUUGUUAUUUUGGCGGGGUUGGUGUUUUUGAGUUGUAGAAGCCUCAAGCAUGACGCCGAGAAAAACUUGCAAGGUCAAAAGGAAGUCAGUCAAAAAUGGAAACUUGCAUCUUUCCAUCAAGUAGAUAUUGAUGCCGAUGAAAUAUGUAAAUUGGAUGAAGAUAAUUUGAUAGGUAGUGGUGGUACAGGAAAGGUUUAUCGAGUGGAGUUGAGGAAAAAUGGAGCCAUGGUGGCUGUCAAGCAACUAGGGAAAGUAGAUGGUGUGAAAAUUUUAGCUGCAGAGAUGGAGAUUUUGGGGAAAAUUAGGCAUAGAAACAUACUUAAACUCUAUGCUUCUUUACUUAAAGGAGGAUCCAACCUUUUAGUGUUUGAGUACAUGCCAAAUGGUAAUCUUUUUCAAGCUCUUCACAGACAGAUAAAAGAUGGGAAGCCAAACUUGGAUUGGAACCAGAGGUAUAAAAUUGCUCUGGGAGCUGGGAAAGGAAUUGCCUAUUUACACCAUGACUGUAACCCACCAGUUAUUCACAGGGAUAUAAAAUCCAGCAACAUUUUGCUUGAUGAGGAUUAUGAGUCAAAAAUUGCUGAUUUUGGUAUUGCAAGGUUUGCAGAAAAAUCUGAUAAGCAGUUGGGUUAUAGCUGUCUAGCGGGCACACUUGGUUAUAUUGCUCCAGAACUUGCUUAUGCCACUGACAUCACGGAAAAGAGUGAUGUUUAUAGCUUUGGAGUGGUGCUAUUAGAAUUAGUGUCUGGCAGAGAACCCAUUGAAGAGGAAUAUGGAGAGGCGAAGGAUAUUGUUUAUUGGGUGUUGAGUAAUCUCAAUGACCGUGAAAGUAUUCUCAACAUUCUUGAUGAAAGGGUGACAUCCGAGUCUGUUGAAGAUAUGAUCAAAGUGUUGAAGAUUGCUAUUAAGUGCACCACUAAGCUUCCAUCGUUGCGCCCCACCAUGAGAGAGGUUGUUAAGAUGCUAAUUGAUGCCGAACCUUGCGCAUUCAAAUCUCCAAACAAAGACACAAAGGCCCUUCUCUAGUACUGGUAGUGGCCAGUGGGUUUCUUUUCUUUUCAAACACUUGCUCAACUAUAUUUACUAUUUCCCAAUUGAGAAGCACUGCACUUUCGUAACCUAGCCGACAUUUAUCAUAAUUAUGCCCUCCUAAAUUGUUGUCUUUUGCUCUUCUAUUGCUUUGCGUGUUUAGGUAUCUUGAAUAUUAUAUUGUCCAAGCUCUUUUCACCUUUUUCUUUUUAUUUGUUUUUUGAAGCUGACUAUUUAUUCAAAUCAUUCACUCGAGUUUCCCUUCUUA